CCUGCCUUUGACGUCAGCGUCCUCUUCCGCCCGCUCGGCCCCUGCCAACGAGUCAGGGCCGCCACUGGAGCCGCCGCCAUUGUUGCCGGCCUUUCUGUACUCCCCCUUUCCUUCCCCGCCCCUGCUAAGAGAAUCCGACUCCAUCCGCCAACAUGGUGAACUUCACUGUAGACCAGAUCCGGGCCAUCAUGGACAAGAAGGCCAACAUCCGGAACAUGUCCGUGAUCGCCCAUGUGGAUCAUGGGAAGUCCACUCUGACGGACUCGCUGGUGUGCAAAGCUGGCAUCAUCGCCUCGGCCCGUGCCGGUGAGACCCGCUUCACUGACACAAGAAAAGAUGAACAGGAGAGGUGCAUCACUAUCAAGUCAACGGCAAUCUCUCUCUUUUACGAGCUUUCGGAAAAUGACCUGGCCUUCAUCAAGCAAAGCAAGGAUGGAUGUGGCUUCCUCAUCAACCUCAUCGACUCCCCAGGCCACGUGGAUUUCUCCUCAGAGGUCACGGCUGCCCUGCGUGUCACUGAUGGUGCCUUGGUUGUUGUGGAUUGUGUUUCUGGGGUGUGUGUCCAGACAGAGACGGUCCUGCGGCAGGCCAUCGCCGAAAGGAUCAAGCCAGUCUUGAUGAUGAACAAGAUGGACCGGGCCCUGCUUGAGCUGCAACUACAACCUGAAGAGCUCUACCAGACCUUCCAGCGCAUUGUGGAGAACGUCAACGUCAUCAUCUCCACCUAUGGGGAAGGCGAGACUGGGCCCAUGGGAAACAUCAUGAUUGAUCCAGUUCUGGGAACGGUUGGCUUUGGUUCCGGCCUCCACGGCUGGGCUUUCACCCUGAAGCAGUUUGCCGAGAUGUACGUGGCCAAAUUCGCUGCCAAAGGAGAAGGACAGCUGAGUGCACCUGAGAGAGCCAAGAAAGUGGAGGACAUGAUGAAGAAGCUGUGGGGAGACAGGUAUUUUGACCCAGCCAAUGGCAAGUUCAGCAAAUCUGCUACUAGCCCAGAUGGAAAGAAGUUGCCUAGGACUUUCUGCCAGCUCAUCCUGGACCCCAUUUUUAAGGUGUUUGAUGCAAUCAUGAACUUCAAGAAGGAAGAAACUGCCAAACUGAUUGAGAAACUGGACAUCAAGUUGGACACGGAGGACAAGGACAAAGAAGGAAAACCCUUGUUGAAGGCUGUGAUGAGGCGCUGGCUGCCCGCUGGAGAAGCCCUCCUCCAAAUGAUCACCAUCCACCUGCCUUCCCCUGUCACGGCUCAGAAGUACCGCUGUGAGCUUCUUUAUGAGGGGCCCCCUGAUGAUGAGGCUGCCAUGGGAAUAAAGAACUGUGAUCCUAAGGGACCCCUCAUGAUGUACAUCUCUAAGAUGGUGCCAACCACCGACAAAGGGCGUUUUUAUGCCUUUGGCCGCGUCUUCUCUGGGGUAGUGUCCACUGGCUUGAAGUGCAGAAUCAUGGGACCAAACUACACACCAGGCAAGAAGGAGGAUCUCUACCUGAAGCCAAUCCAGAGGACCAUUCUGAUGAUGGGCCGCUACGUAGAGCCCAUCGAGGAUGUGCCUUGCGGCAACAUUGUAGGGCUAGUGGGAGUUGACCAGUUCCUGAUCAAGACAGGCACAAUCACCACCUUUGAGCAUGCCCACAACAUGCGUGUCAUGAAGUUCAGCGUUAGCCCUGUUGUGCGUGUGGCUGUUGAGGCCAAGAAUCCGGCUGAUCUGCCCAAACUCGUGGAGGGCCUGAAGCGGCUGGCCAAGUCUGACCCCAUGGUGCAGUGCAUCAUUGAGGAGUCUGGGGAGCACAUCAUUGCUGGCGCUGGGGAGCUGCACCUUGAAAUCUGCUUGAAGGACCUUGAAGAGGACCAUGCCUGCAUUCCAAUCAAGAAAUCAGACCCAGUGGUGUCUUACCGUGAGACAGUCAGCGAGGAAUCCGGGGUGCUCUGCCUUUCCAAGUCGCCCAACAAGCACAACCGCCUCUACAUGAAAGCCCGCCCCUUCCCAGACGGCCUGGCUGAGGACAUCGACAAGGGCGACGUUUCGGCCCGCCAGGAACUGAAGCAGCGGGCCCGCUACCUGGCUGAGAAGUACGAAUGGGACGUGGCUGAGGCCCGUAAGAUCUGGUGCUUUGGCCCCGAUGGAACCGGACCCAACAUCCUAACAGACAUCACCAAGGGGGUGCAGUACCUCAAUGAGAUCAAGGACAGCGUGGUAGCCGGCUUUCAGUGGGCCACCAAGGAGGGUGCCCUCUGCGAGGAGAACAUGCGUGGCGUCCGAUUCGAUGUGCAUGAUGUGACCCUCCAUGCUGACGCCAUCCACCGGGGUGGUGGCCAGAUCAUCCCAACUGCCAGGAGGUGCCUCUAUGCCUGUGUGCUAACGGCACAGCCCCGUCUCAUGGAACCCAUCUACCUGGUGGAGAUCCAGUGCCCAGAACAGGUUGUGGGCGGUAUCUACGGUGUGUUGAACAGGAAACGAGGCCAUGUUUUCGAGGAGUCACAAGUGGCCGGUACACCCAUGUUUGUGGUCAAAGCCUACCUCCCUGUCAAUGAAUCUUUUGGAUUCACUGCCGAUUUGAGAUCCAACACAGGGGGACAGGCCUUCCCCCAGUGUGUCUUUGACCACUGGCAGAUCUUGCCCGGAGACCCCUACGACACCACCAGCCGCCCCUGUCAAGUGGUCGCCGAGACCCGCAAGCGGAAAGGGCUGAAGGAGGGCAUCCCCGCCUUGGACAACUUCCUGGACAAAUUGUAAACGCCACAAAGCAAAAACGCAAAAAUUAUAAAUGCAACACCAGGUCUUUAAAAAAAUGAAAUAAAUUUAAAAAUGAAGAGAAAAAAUGCCAUUGUGGGACUUCACAUUACAUUUACGGAGUGUUACAUCAGGGAUGGCGGCUUCAGCCUUCACAGAUGCCGCUACCUUUUCUGUUAAUUUUCAGUCAUGAGACAGAUGUAUUUUUUAAAAAGCCAUAUCUGUGCUUUUAGCCUGAAGGGCUGCUUGUUUCAGUACCUGAGACAGGAAGGCUCUCUCUUGCCCUGUAGCAUUGUAAUUUAAAAAAAAUAAUCCACUUUGCAUUUCAUGCAUUGCGAUACGUUGGCCCUGCCAUGUUUAUUCAACAUGGGUGAUGAUGGGGAGUGAACUACCCAGUUUCUCCUUUAACUUGGGGGAUGCAAGCGACAAUUAAUUGGAGGAAAAGGUGUGGGGGGGCUUGUGUGGCUGAAAGCCAUUCUCAAAUAAUGCUUUGAAUUUAGGAGGGAUAAGCCCAAGGGCCUCAUCUGCGGAUUAGAAGCAAAGGCUGAGGUUUUUCCAGUUGGAGCCUCUUUCCUCACGGGUUUUGCUGUGUAAAUCAAUGUAUUGUUGGUAGCACUGGAAUAAUAAAUACAGUGAGAAGAUGA